UCCAACGCGCCGCACGCGAAUUUUGCGAACGUCUUUUUAAACGUAUUCGCGAUCGUAAAACACGCUUCCAAGUUUACGGAUGCUUCGUAUAUCUGUGACGGCGUUGUGAAUUAAUAAACAGCUGUGAUCAAAAAAUGUGAUCGAAGGUUGACUUGAAAUAAAAAUUGAUAAGUUAUAGGUUUAUUAGUCUCGAUAUGUCCAACUUAUCGGCUUAGGGAUGGUGAUUGGGAAAUGUCAAAUAUAUGAAAUGAAGACAUCGCUGGAAAGCGAGCGGUCUGAAGCCGCAGAAAGCGGUGCUAGAGGUAGAAUAUCGUUCAGUGUGGACUCGCUUUUAGGAAGUAAGACUGACGCACCAAGAGACACACCUGAAACUAAUAAUGACGUUGAGAGCAAUUUAGACACAGAUGAUAGUGACGUAGACAUAGAAGAUGUGGAGUCUAAUGUUGAUGAAAGAGAAGGAAAUGACGGGGAUGAGAUUGAAGGUAGGAGUGGAGUGGUGGUGCCUCAACCUAUGUUGCCGAGAUUGUACCAGGGUCCUGCACCUCCUGCUUGGCCGUUUGGUGCGUUUCCGUGGAUGGCGCCCAACCCAAUGUUUCGAGCUGGAUCUCCCAACACAGGUGCGCCGAGUGGUCCACCUGUGGUUAGGUGCCAACUUCGAAAGCACAAACCGAACAGAAAGCCUCGCACACCAUUCACAACUCAACAGCUGCUAGCCUUGGAGAAGAAGUUCAGGGACAAACAGUACUUGAGUAUCGCAGAGAGAGCCGAGUUCUCAUCUUCGUUAAGACUCACAGAAACGCAGGUAAAAAUUUGGUUCCAAAAUCGACGGGCAAAAGCGAAAAGACUGCAAGAAGCCGAGAUAGAAAAACUAAGAUUAUCAGCAAGGCCUCUUCUACCGCCUUCUUUCGCCUUAUUCGGUGGGGGUGGCGCUCCCCCCCUUUUUGCCGCGAUGGCAGCAGCGACUAGACCUCAAUUAAGUUUCCUGGGUGGUCCACCCUCCCAUCAGCAUGCCAUAAAUAUGAAUAUUCUGAAUUCCUUGCAGCCUCAUUGACAUUCAGAGUACGCUUUUACGCGUGAGUCGCCAUCUUGAAAAAUGGCGCCCGAAACGGACAUAUUGAAUUCAUGGUUGAAAUUAUAAAAUCGUUUUGUCAUCAUUAUUGUUUAAUGUUUAAUCGAAUUAUCAGCUAUAUGUAGCUAUUUUAAUAAUUUUGUAGCUUGUAAAUACUAUUCGGAAGUGAAGGCAAAUAAUUAUUAGUGAAUAUAAGUCAAAUAACAAAAAGCAUUGUAACUAAAUUAGGGAGCGAGAUUGCAUGAUUUGAGGUGAACCUACAAGGCGGUACUUUUUUGUUCUCGUUCUUUUUGAUACGCUGUAAACUACUUAGUCCUGCGUCCUAAUAUAGCGCCAACCGAAAAAAAAGUAAGAUGACUUCUUAUAAGUAAAUAAAAUAGAAAAUUGGCCAACUAUAAAAUAUGUAAUGCAAAAACUUAAACUUAAGGGUCUUACACACGACACAACUUAUGGAGUUAUAGGUAUGUAAGCAACACCUAACACACUCUCAGUGUUUUUGUCUUUCACUCAAAAUCACGAAAGUUUUAAACAGUUUAAACCUUGACUCCUUGUAUCACUGAUAGGCUCUGUAAAAUUGUAAAGCCAUAUUCAGUGUGUAUAUUAUGUGUAUAUAAUGAUGUAAGUAUAAUAAUAGCCUUAACUUCAUAUUAAGUGCAAUUCCUUGGAUAAUAUGCCAUAAUUAUUUGUAAAUAAAAUCAUAGGUAGAUAUUAUAAAUCAUAAUAUUAAAUCGCAUUUAUUUAAUUUUUUGUUAAUUAGAUUAUAAUAGUUAUAGUAUUUAAGCUUAGAAUAGGUAAAUUUCUCCGGUAAAGGAUUGGCUAUAUAUCACCGGGACACCACGGUGGCGCAACCAGUCGCCGCUAUCAACAUGGUGGCGCGACCAGCUCGAACGCGUCAUGACUCUGGUGUCUGUAUGGUGUAUGAUUUGGGAGCUUACCGUGGUGUCUCUGUGAAAUAUAACCCAAAAAGGAUACUAUGCAGUACCUAGUUAUUCACACAGACUAUAGCAUAGUCAUUAUUAUGCCUGUUUUUGACGUUAGACGUCACAAAUAUGUGAAAAGUCACACGUAGUAUUCACAUCCUCUUUGCACACAAUGUCAAACUUUCUAGACGUCAACCUACGUGUGAGGUUAUUAUUUUUUCAUAGCAUCCUAUUUGUACAACUAGAAACAAAUGAUUCUAAAGUUCACUCAGUUUCGUAUUCAGAGUAAUUUAUCGAUUUGUGCAUUUAAAAUACGCCAAAGUUAACUCGAGACCCAAGAGGAAUGUAUCUAGGAUGUUAUCUCUUUUCAGAUUUCACUCAUUUUUAUCCAUUUAUAAUAAAACUAAGAAGUAAUUAUUUAAGAGUUACGCAAGAACAGUAGAUAUUAAUAAUAUAAUUUAUUAAAAAAAUAUAUUAGUUCUUUUUUCACCACAUGUCAAAUUAUACUUGACAGUCUAUAACAUCAGCACUUACAGCAGGCGCACACGUCAUUCGACUGAAGUCUCUAGUUAACUUUGACAAUUAGUGAUCUAUUAGACAAAGAAAAACUAAUUGAAUAUUGGGUGUCUCACUCGCACAUAUAUUUCAGUGUAAAAAAGGCGAAGAAACCGGUUUUUAAUUUAACAGUUUUGUUCCAAGAGUAAGUUAUUUUUUUAAGGUAUGUUUUGUAAUUCUUACGAACUGGUUAAUUCUGCGUGUGUCGAAACUAGCUUACGUCUACCAAAAAAUCGUACGCUUUUAAGCAAAUGUUAGGUAAAUAUCACAAAAAUAAAAAACGUGUACUGACAAUUAUCUCGACUAUGUAUAAAACCGUUCUUAGCCGGUUUAUCCAACAAAACCUUAAUAAUGAACUUUAACAACUAGAAAAAAAAAUCACUUAAAGGUGGGACAAAAUCGAAUAAAAAGUUCUCGAUACUUUGUGUUAAUCUGUGCUACUUAUAGGUUAAUUGGUUAGGUUUUUUCGGUUUCCAAGCCUUGUUAUAGACUGCUACAAUACAUGAAACAAUUGUUGAAAAAUAUACAUAGAUUAAUGAAAAACUUAAUCAUAUUAUGUAAUGUAUGUAUAUAAAUAUGUAUCUCUGAAUAAUUUUAGUAAACUUAGUAGGUACUUACCCACUAAGUUUACGAGUAUGUCCUAAAUCGUUUGUGCUUUUGUUCCUAAUGUUUCAAUCAUAAGUAUAUCUUAGAUAAAGAAUUGGUUUCCGCUGCGCUCCAACUGGAUACCGUACUGCCUAAGAACAACAGCAAAUAAUAUAUUUUUUAUUACGACAACUAUUAGAUGCUUGUGUGCGUGGCAUCUUAAUGACACUCAAUGGCAUCUUUCAAAUUUUGUAACAUACGCUUCGUGUUAUUUGAAAUUGAAAUUAAUGAAUUACAAAAUAGUUACUGAUGAUAUUAAGUGAUCCCAGUGUCUUUCUUAUUUUUUGUAGUAUUAUUUUACAAAGUUUUACUACGCAACCCGGUAUUUUAGUUUCAAUUAUUAGCAAAAUUUAACAGAACAUGUGGCACGUUAACGUCACACAUUGUUCGAGUUAAUAUUUGUUGCCAGAACCAAACUGUAAAACUAGUUCUCUCGUUCCAAUAUUUUUCAAUACCGAUAUGACAUGAAUAUCUUUAAAGACAUCGCGUACCUCUGGUCAAGUAGUAUCAUUUACAGUUACGUCCUGUGAGAUCUAAGGGUAUAGUGUUAAAUUAGAUAACCACCUUUAAUAAAACAACCGUUUUACCAUGAAAGUUAUAUGCGAGCGAGGGACGCAAUAAAAAUAAACAUUUGUCAUAGCCUUUAUAAUGUUCCUUUUAAUAAACAAUUAAUAUAUGAUUAUUGUACUUAUAAUUUAAUGGCAUUAUUUAUUUUUAAAUAGUAUAACGAUUAAUAUUAGGAAAACGUACUGCUUAUUUUUAGUUUAAGUCAAAAUUUACAUUAUUUUAUCAGAUUAUAAAAGGGUUUGAAAUUGUUUCCAAAAAUUAUAACUAGAGUUGUAUUAAAACGAACGUCAUUGUAUUUGGUCUAGUAUUGACAAGUGCCAUAGAGGCGAUAAGAUAUUUAUAAAUAAAUUAUUAGAGAUGGUUUUAUUUAUUUUUUAUCUGCUUGCUGAGCUUGCGACCUAAGCUAACUGGUGUUCUUUCUAAUAUCUUAAUGUUAUUUUUAAAUUUUAAUGGGGUAUGACUAUUUUUUUUUAAUUUUAAUGACUUUACACAUAUCGUCACACCAUAAUUAAAACAUUAUAUUCGAACAAACACUCACAUUCACUCACACCAUAGAACCUACUCAUCAUUUUAGUUACUCAAUAUGGAUAUGAUUUCUUUUUUUUCUUUGUAUUUAAUUUUUUCAUGUAUGUUUUUAAAUGAUCUCAGGUUUCAUCCCUAUUCUUACUCUCGGAGGUUCUCACACUCAUACAUACUGACUUCAUUUUUUAUUUAAUAGACAUGAAGUAACCCGAGGUAUAUUGAUGCGAUCUAUGGUAUUGAAUGGUGUGUGAAAGUUAUUUAUGGAAUCGCCGGGAUAGUAUUUGUAACUAGGUUUUCCUGUCUAAAAUAUGUAUCCUCUUUGCCCUUACCAUUUUAUUAUAAGUAUACUCCAGUCGUUUUUGUUUUGGUCCUUCGAGCCGGAUCAUUUUUUAUUUAUGUCUGGAAUAAAAUGAUACACAAUAACAUACUUUUCAGUAGGUAGCAAAAAUUUUAAAUAGCACUCUUUGUGAUGAUUUUUGAAAGAUGUAACGAUACGAGCAAGAAUUUCAUCGUCUGUUAAGUCUACGACCUGGCUAUUAUCAUGCAGUAUCGCUCAGAAUUCUUGCGCUUGUCAUUUUGAGACAUGAAAUGCUCAAAUCAAACUCACCAGUAAUUUCAAUACCUACAACACUCUUAAACAGCGAUAAUGCACAUUACUGCUUCAUUGAAUAGUCUCGAAAUAAGUAUAAACUACUUUGCUAUGACGUCAGUCGCCCCAUUAAUAUGACGCUCUCAACGACUUCGAAAGAUUGGCAUAAAAAAAUGAAAUCUUGAUAUUUACAACAUGAAACAUAGGCAUUGUAAAUAUUCGUUUAUUUAUUGUAAUUAUAAGUGUAGAUUGUAAAUUAUUACUUGUAAUACGUUUUUUAACCGAUUGUUCUAUAUUUUAUUUCUUAAAAUAUCACUGUACAUUCGAUUCUGUUCUCUUGUAUAAUAAAAGAGAGUUCAAUUUAAA